AUGUCCACUUACUCCUUUAGUUAUAUAAGAUAUACAUCAUCAUCCCCAAACCUUUCUUCCCCUGUUCUCAAAUAUUUGCCCAACUCCAACCAUUCACUGCUGGUGAUGACAAAGUCAGACCUCCAAAGAGCUUCAACGAAAACCUCCUUGACUGCUACUAGAGCGCCAUUGAUGACAUAUUACUCCUCUUCACCUUCUCUUUCUACCCUCAACAAUGCUGCUUGCCAUGUGUUGUCUCAGAACUCCUCUUGUAAUAAUCUACAUUCUCUUGAUUUUUUCAAUAUUACCAAGUCGGUUAUCUCCACUACAUUGUUCACUAUCCUCUUGACGGGCAUGGUGAUUUCAUCUCUUCCAAAUGCAUCCAUGAUUUCUGAGUCUCCUGUGGCCAUCAAUUUUGGUUCUUUGUUUCAUUUUCUCAAUGACUUUAACAAAAUUAAGUCCUCUUAUCCAGAACAGUAUGUCGAAGUAGGAAAAAGAAGCGUUCAUAGCCUAAUUAGCGGAAUUGAAUGGGAUCCAAUAGACAAUUUUGCUAUGGAAUUAAACCAGGGAUUCAUAAUUAUUGGAGGACUCGGUUUACUUUUAGUGCAUUUGUUGAUUUAG